AUGUCAUCCAAAACUAGAUAUUAUCUGGAACAAUGUAUUCCAGAAUUAGAUGAUUUAGUAGACAAGAAGCUAUUUACAAAAAAUGAAAUCUCCAAAAUCAUGAGAAAAAGAACUGAUUUCGAACAUCGUUUGAAUUCCAGAGGGUCCAGUACUAAUGACUAUAUGAGAUAUAUUGCAUAUGAAAAUAAUGUGGAAAAUCUACGUAAGAAACGUGUGAAAAGAAUUUUACAAGCAGGUAAGACAAACAGUAUAUCAGAUUGGUCUAUUGGUCAAAGGAUUAUAUUUAUUUACCAAAGAGGAACGAAUAAGUUUCCUCAGGACUUGAAAUUAUGGGCAAUGUAUUUGCAAUACUUAAAGACUAGAGGUGCGGAAACGUCUUAUAAGAAAAUACAUACUGUAUACAAUCAAUUAUUAAAACUACACCCGUCCAAUGUGGACGUAUGGAUUAGUUGCGCUAAAUAUGAGUAUGAGAUCCACGCCAACUUCAAGAGUUGUAGAACAAUUUUUCAAAAUGGUUUGAGAUUUAAUGGUGAUUCUGCCAAAUUAUGGUUCGAAUAUGUGAAGUUUGAAUUAAACUUCAUUGCAAAGCUAUUGAAUCGUAGAAAGGUCAUGGGAUUAAUUAAUGAAAGAGAACAAGAAUUGGAUAUGUUGAAUGAUGAAAACAAGAAUGGAACAGAAGAUGAUAGUAUUAAAUUGCCAAGUACUGGUGAUGCUAUGAAGGACAAAUUAAACCAAUUACCUGAAGCAGAUAUGAAUAUGUUAGGUAACACCGAAACAAACCCAGCUCUUCGUGGCGAUAUUGCUCUGACUAUCUUUGAUGUAGCUAUCGAAACUCUAGGGAAAUAUUAUGUUAAUAAGCACAAGGGGUAUUAUGUUGGUACAAACACUGAUUUCGAACAACAAUUGAAUAAGGAUGCUGUUGAUGUAUUGUUUAAAAAAUCAAUGGAAUAUAUUGCUUUGUUCGAUAAGUUUACUGAUUUAGAUAGAUUAUAUUUGAUAAACCAUGUUAUGCAGUUCUGGAAAGGUGAUCAUUUUGGUAUUAACCUGGAGGCAGAUUGUCCUAAAUUAUACAUGGAGACGGUAUAUUUGGAUAUUAUAUUAAAUAUAAGAUAUAUGACUGUGGAGAACCUAGAUAUUGACCAAUUACAGAUGUCUGUUAAGAAAUACAUGGCAUAUUCUGUUAAGCUGAGUCCACCCGUUUUGAAGUCAGUCCAAGCUAAAUACAAGGAAUACAUUAAGGAAACAUUCUUGGAUGCUAUGGAAAAAGAAAGUGAUCCAAGAUUUAGAAUAUUAGAAAUGAUAUACAAUAAAUUAUAA